AUGGCUGCUCUACAUGCGGCGAGAGCUUUACCCAGUUGCUUCAAGUCGUCCAAGGAUCUGAAGGGGCAUAGCCGCGUGCACACCGGGGAACGCCCCUACACAUGCAGCGACUGCGGCAAGGGCUUCACCCGGUCUAGUCACCUGCUGGUGCACCAGCGCACCCACACCAACGAGCGCCCCUACACAUGUGCCCAGAGCGGCAAGGACUUCACCCAAUCCGGCAACCUGGUGCUGCAUCAGCGCACCCAUACCGGCGAGCACCUCUUCACCUGCGCGCAGUGCGGCAAAGGCUUCACCCAUUCCAGCAACUUGCUGAGGCACCAGCGCACCCACACCGGGGAGCGCCCCUUCACCUGCGCCCAGUGCGGCAAGGGCUUCACCCACUCCAGCAACUUGCUGAGGCACCAGCACACCCACACCGGGGAGCGCCCCUACACUUGCGUCCAGUGCGGCAAGGGCUUCACCCGCUCAGACCGCCUGCUGUAUCACCAGCGCACCCACACCG